AUGAGUUCUAAGGAAUCAAAUUUGUGGUAUAAUGCUAUGAGGGAUGAGAUAGAUUCUAUGGCAUCUAACCAAGUUUGGGAUCUCGUUGAGUUGCCUGCUGGUGUAAAAGUCAUCGGAUGUAGAUGGGUCUUUAAAACAAAGAAAGACUCAGAAGGCAACAUUGAGAGACAUAAGACAAGACUUGCUGGUAAAGGAUUUACUCAAAGAGAAGGAAUCAAUUACAGAGAGACCUUUUCCCCUGUAUCUAAGAAAGACUCUCAUCGAGUUUACACUAGACCUGAUAUUGCGUUCGCUGUUGGAGUCUUGGGAAGAUAUCAAAGUAAUCCAGUGAUUGGCUACUCCGACCCAGACUUUGCUGGUUGCGUUGAUUCAUAA